UCCACUUCACUGCUGUUGGUUUCCACACAAGGCAGAGUGAAGAAGAAAGCAUGGAGGCGAGGUGGCUGCUGUGUGCUGUGAUUCUGUUGGGCUUCAGGGUGACAGGAAACCAGGCACAGUCAGACGUCUGUGGCACGGCACCACUCAACAACAAAAUCGUCGGCGGUGAGGAUGCAUCUGCAGGGAUGUGGCCCUGGCAGGUCAGUCUGCACCAGUCCGGCAGCCAUGUCUGUGGAGGCUCGCUCAUCAACAACCGGUGGAUCCUGACUGCUGCUCACUGUUUUGAAGACACCAGCACAUUUGAUUGGGUGGUUUACCUGGGGCGUGAAAGCCAACAGGGCCUGAACUUGAACGAGGUGUCCAGAGGUCUGGAGGAGGUCAUCAAACAUCCAGACUAUGAUAAAAACUCAAAAGACAACGACAUUUGUUUACUGAAACUGUCGUCCACGGUGGACUUCACAAACUACAUCAGACCCGUGUGCCUGGCGGCGCCCGGAAGCUCCUUUACAGGUGGAACUUCCUGUUGGGUCACCGGCUGGGGGAACAUACGAAGUGGCGUCCCCCUCACUUUCCCAGGGAGACUCCAGGAAGUGAACAUUCCCAUCGUGUCCACCAGUCAGUGCAGCGACACCUACACUCUCACCGCCAACAUGAUCUGUGCUGGUGUUCCUGAGGGAGGAAAAGACUCCUGUCAGGGUGACUCCGGUGGCCCCCUGGUGAGUAAAACGGGCGCCACCUGGGUCCAGGCUGGAGUGGUGAGCUUUGGAAGACUUUGUGCUGUGCCAAACACGCCAGGAGUCUACGCCCGUGUGUCCUCAUACCAGAGCUGGAUCAACAGCCACGUCACCACCAACCGGCCAGGCUACGUCACCUUCCAGGGCAGCGGGGUCGGUAGUGAUGGUGGAACCAAUGCUGCCGUCCAAAGCUCCACCCUCUCCCUCACGCUGCUACUGUCCGUCCCACCUGUCCUCUUCACUGUCUUCAUCCUCUCGUAGGAGGUCAGAGACUGACCUUCUGUUUGUCUCUACAGCAGCUUCAUCUUUCAUCGUCUG